CGAGUCGCCAGCUCCCCGUCAAACACCGUCAGCUUUGGUUGGUAUCUCUAUCUCUUCUCCCUCCUCUGUCCCUCUAUCUCCCUCUCUCUUCUCCUGUGCUUCCUCCCUCUUGCCCACUCCGUCGUCAUCCAGGGGUUCAGCCGCUCCGGAUCGUCCUCUCCUUCCUUUCCCUGGUACGGAGUAUAUUUAGCUGCCUGCUCCUCCCUCUUUCCCCGCCUCUCACCUUUCUUCACUUUCGUCGUCCCCCUAACGAACUCCGACUUUCUCACCCAUAUUCCCUCGCUCAACACAACAGUUCCACGUUCGCUGCAGCUAUAUCCUCGUUCCCCAAACUUGCCAUUCGUCUUUAUCGCUCUUUGAACCAAAAACCACCCCGUGUCUGACAGCAGUUGACCCUAUUCCACCAGUACAUCUGCAACCAUGUGCGGUAUUUUCGGUUACAUCAACUACCUCGUUGAGAAGGAUCGUGCCUACAUCAUCGAAACCCUGCUCAAUGGCCUAUCAAGACUCGAAUAUCGUGGCUACGAUUCUGCUGGGCUUGCCAUCGAUGGAAAUAAGAAGAACGAAGUCAUGGCCUUCAAGGAGGUUGGCAAGGUCGCCAAGCUCCGAGAACUGAUUGCCAGUGCCAACCCAGACCUAACCCAGGUCUUUGACUCCCAUGCCGGUAUUGCCCACACCAGAUGGGCCACACAUGGGUCGCCAUCCCGACUCAACUGUCACCCACACAGGUCCGAUCCAAACUGGGAAUUCUCUGUUGUCCACAAUGGGAUCAUCACAAACUACAAGGAGCUCAAAGCGCUUCUUGAAAGUAAAGGCUUCCGUUUCGAAACAGAUACAGACACCGAAUGUAUCGCAAAGCUUGCCAAAUACCUCUACGAUCUUCAUCCAGAUAUCGACUUCACCGUUUUAGCAAAGGCUGUAAUCAAGGAGCUUCAGGGUGCCUUUGGUUUGUUGCUGAAGUCUGUGCAUUACCCGCACGAAGUCAUCGCUGCACGAAAGGGAUCUCCUUUGGUCAUCGGUGUUCGCACGUCGAAGAAGAUGAGAGUCGAUUUUGUAGAUGUUGAGUUCUCCGAGGAUGGUCCGCUUCCGGCGGAAGAGGCGUCUCAGAACCUCGCCAUCAAGAAAUCGGCCGCAAGCUUGUUGGCCCCGCCGGACAAGUCGCUCUUGCAUCGAUCGCAAUCUCGCGCGUUCUUAUCCGACGACGGCGUUCCCCAGCCCUCCGAAUUCUUCCUCUCUUCGGACCCUUCUGCCAUCGUCGAGCACACAAAAAAGGUCUUGUAUCUCGAAGACGAUGACAUUGCUCAUAUCCACGAUGGCCAGCUCAACAUUCAUCGUCUGACCAAGAACGAUGGUACUUCAAACGUCCGUGCUAUCCAAACCAUCGAGUUGGAGCUGCAGGAAAUCAUGAAAGGAAAGUUUGAUCAUUUUAUGCAGAAAGAAAUUUUCGAACAGCCCGAAUCUGUUGUCAACACGAUGCGCGGUCGUCUAGACGUCGCAAAUAAGAAAGUCACAUUGGGCGGCCUUCGCCAGUAUAUCUCAACUAUUCGACGCUGCAGACGAAUUAUUUUCAUCGCCUGUGGUACCAGUUAUCAUUCGUGUAUGGCGGUUCGUGGAGUGUUCGAGGAGCUAACAGAAAUCCCCAUUGCUGUCGAACUAGCAUCGGAUUUCUUGGAUAGAGAGGCCCCCGUUUUCCGCGACGACACUUGUGUUUUCGUGUCACAAUCAGGUGAAACUGCUGAUUCCCUCAUGGCACUGAGAUACUGCCUUGAGCGAGGCGCGUUGACGGUUGGCAUUGUGAACGUUGUUGGUUCAUCUAUUUCUUUACUCACUCAUUGUGGUGUGCAUAUCAAUGCCGGCCCUGAAAUCGGUGUUGCUUCAACCAAGGCCUAUACUUCUCAAUUUGUGGCCAUGGUCAUGUUUGCUUUGUCACUUAGUGAGGACCGUAUUUCCAAGCAAAAGCGGCGCGAGGAAAUUAUGGAGGGCCUUUCAAAGGUUUCUGAUCAAUUCCGGGAAAUCCUUAAACUUAACGAACCAAUCAAGGAGAUGUGCGCGAAAUUCUUCAAGGACCAGAAGAGCUUGUUGCUUUUGGGCAGAGGAAGCCAAUUUUCUACCGCAUUGGAAGGAGCCCUCAAGAUCAAGGAAAUAUCGUACCUCCACUGCGAGGCGGUAAUGUCUGGAGAACUUAAACACGGUGUGUUGGCAUUGGUUGACGAAAAUCUCCCAAUAAUUAUGAUUUUGACCCGGGAUAAAAUCUUUGCCAAAUCUUUGAAUGCCUACCAACAGGUGAUCGCUCGCGGUGGUCGCCCGAUCGUCAUUUGCAACACGAACGAAGAGGAGUUCCCACCAUCGAGAGUGGAGAGGAUCGAGAUUCCUCAAACGGUCGAUUGCCUCCAAGGCCUUCUCAACGUCAUCCCUCUCCAACUUAUUGCAUACUGGCUUGCCGUUGCUGAGGGGUUGAAUGUUGACUUCCCUCGUAAUCUUGCAAAGUCGGUGACGGUUGAGUAGAUGCUCCGUAUUAUCUUCAGGCGCCUUAAAAUGACUCCAAAUGUUGGUAUUUUCAUGGAAGCAAAGGUCAUGUUAUCUGAUGGUACUCAUGGAGCAAGGCCAGGUGUUAGCUAGUUAGUUGCUGCUACGUCCCCGGGUUAUGUCUUUAUUGCCGCGUAGGGAUUGAUCAAACAUAGAUAUUAUACUUUGUUCAUAUUCUUAAGU